AUGUUCCGUGUGCUUGGAUUUUGUCUGGUGGCAUGGGCCAGGGCCGAGCCUGCGUGCACGUCGCGGGCGGUGGAGUCGGCGGCGCCGGCGCGGCCGUGUCUCUGCGCCUUCGACGUGGACCGCACGCUCACCGGCUUUCAGGAGCUUCUGUCGGAGUGCCCCCGGAAUUUGGUCAUGGAGGGUAUCAAGGACUACGCCUACCUCUAUGCCACGCCCCGGGGCUUCGGGUUCCUCACGCUCUCGCAGCUCUCGCAGGGCUUGAACACCACCUUUUGCCGCAACUGUUACCUUGGCAUCGCCAGCGCCGGCGGUGUUGGCCUAGACGACGAGAAGCAGGCGAUCCUCGCGGCGCUGAAAGCGGCCGCCUCGGCCGAGGCCAGCGCCGCCAUGCCCAACUGGACCACCGAGGCGGACGUGACACUCCAGGAGCAGACGCCGCCGCCUUUUGUGGCAUGGUGCCCCGAGGGCCAAAAGCACCUGUGCACUGCGAAGAUCGUGGAGUGGUACCGGGCACGCGACGUGCCCAUCCUGGACGAGGACGUGUACUUCUUCGACGACAAGGAGGACAACGUGCGGCCCUUCACCGGCACCAGCUACAACGCUCUGCAGGUCUCUUGCGGGACCCGCAACGGCACGCGGGGCCUCUGCGGCGGCACGCUCCAGGAGGCGCAGCCCGCGAAGGGCGUCUUCUUGUGCCACGGAGCUGCCCAAGUCUGCGCCCAGGAUCUGGACUCGCCUCGGCUGAUUUGA